CAUAUCCGGCAGGCGGUCCGCAUCCACCUCCACCCACGUGACCCCUUUCCUGUUUUCCCCUGUUGAUCGCUAUGGGUCCAGCCCGUCCUCAUUCCAUCGUGCUCUUUGCGACCCAUGCUCUGCACUCGACAUACAUGCCCACAAUCGUCGCCUCGACUUUGGGAGUUGAUUGUGUGACCGAGGCCUCCUCAUCAGCCUCACGCGGCUCCGCGCGUUGCCCUCCGUUCAUUCGCCUUCAUCGUUAUCAGACCGAGUCCCUUCUCAGGCGCUCACAAGUCAACAUACAUGCAGAUGCCUCCACACAGCCGGUCGCAAUCACGGAGUAGCUCCCGGUUCGCGGUGCGGUCAUGAAACUCUAAGUAUCCCCCCGCGUUCGACACCGGAAGCGCCCACCACAAGCAUCCCAGGGAGGACAGCCAUAGCCUCUACUUCCUGCUAUGGACGUCACUUGGGCGUACACGGCCUCCGUCCUCAACAUCCCCAUUCCUCAACCCGGCUACGACCACCCCCGCAAGAAUACACCCGGGGCACUGCGCCACGUCGCCACAACUCCCACAGCGCCCACAUACCCCCAUCCAUGACUGGCAAGUCGCGACGAAAAGAAGCCCUCGCGACCUGCCUAAUCCGCACACCUCGUCCUAGCAUGGCGUUCUGGGACUUUCCUUCCCCGUCGCGGGCGGUGUCUCGCGCACCAGGAUCGCGUCGAUAACGUCCGAUGGCCCCCGAGAUAGAAGCCUACGUUCCUAGGCCGCGCUGCUACAUAUGCUCGGAAACAUACACGCUUUUUGCGGUCUGAACAGAGCCUCGUCUCGUCCUCACGUCCAAUACUCCCUUCAAUCCACAAUCCACACAACCCCGGAGUCGGACCAGCCGCGGCUCCUUAUCAUAGACACACAUACACAUACAGGCCCGCAGCCCGCAACGUUGACAGCAGCGGUCGCCGACGCUGUCAUUGCAUUACAGCAUCAGUCGCAGGAGAAGCAUGAAAGCCGGCCGCGCAACCCGGCCGCCGCGUCCGCGGAGCAGCACCGUCUCGUACGCGCCCGUGCGCCGGACGCGGAUGCCGCGCCGCAGGAGCGAAGAAGAGGCGGAGGCCCAGUACCGCGGGGAGAAGAAGCUCGGCGAGCCGGGUCUCCUGGACGCCUGGCUCGCCGCGCGCCUGAGCCAAAUGCCUACAACGCAAACCCAGCUGCGCGGCGCGGAGCGCCCGGACGAGGACGGAUACGAAGACGAAGGCGGAGGCGGAAAGGGAAGGUGGGGGGACGAGGUCCAUUGCACGGUGCAGGUGCAGUGCAUCAAGGCCCCAAACGACCCGGACAGCAUCUUCAGUGACCCGGACACGUUCGUCCUGCACCUCACCACCAGUUCCCCCCUCUCAAGCACGAGACGGCCAAUACAGACCACAACAGGCGCCGAACGGCGCCUCGGGGGAACUGAUGGGAGCGACAGAUGGCGGCGAAUCGAGCUGGGCACGUACGCAGGGCACCCAGAGAGCCUCGACGCGCCGCCGUGGACGAGGCUGCUGCCCGCCGGGCAGGUGGUCGAGUUUCGCGAGAGCGCCGCUGGGUUGGCCGAGCUCCUCGCGCGUGCGGCGCCAUGGAAUUGCGAAGACGCGAUGACGUCACUGGGCGCGGUGAGCCUGAAAGACGACUGGGAGUCUGGUUGA